AUGGUGGCCGAUUGCGGAACAAAGACUUUCGCUGUGCGCGACUUCGCUGCCACUGUGAGCACCAUUUUCUGCAAAAGAUUACAGAAGGCAUCGUGUGCCCAACAACUGGUAUCAGGAACCGUCGUACAAUGCGCCGCACGCACCGCGCAUCUAGAGCCCAUAACAACAAUCGACGAGGACGUCUUAAUUAUCAACAGCGCAACAGUUAAUGUGGUGAACCGCACUGGGAACAGUCAAACAGUCACAGGAACCUUCCUGGCUACUUACGACGAAGACGUCUCACUGAACGGCACCCGGUAUGUGAAUCACCGGGGCAUCCUAAGGAAAAAACCUGCCGUGUCCACGUCGGCUGUGGGUAACAUCACCCUCUUCAGAGAGCAUCUGAGCCUUCCAUUUCUGCCCGACCUAAGCCUGAAGAACCUCCGUCAUAUCGGUGGUCUUAGAUCAGAAAUAUCAUCAAGAUCACUUGGCUGCCUUAUCCUCAUCGCCUCAUCGUAG